UCUGGCCUUAAUAUUGUAACUGCUCUUAAUUAUUUCUUUUUCUCCAGCCUCAAGAAUAGUUUCUUAUACUAUGUUUAUUUUAUGGCUUCUUAGCUUGUGCUCUACUAACUACUUUGUUGAGUAUAGUACUAGUAAUUAGCAUUAUAUUGGAGAAAGGUUUCCCUCCAAGCCCUUGAUGUUUUCUUUCAGUGUCUCGGUCCUUCUUUUCCUUACUUUCCCUGAUUCUAACACUGCCCCGAGUUCUUUCUUUUUAUGGUGUUGCACCUAAGAAGACUUCUUGACCAGCUUAUAAUUUAGUCAUUUUUCUUUUCCACUUCUUAUUCAUCUAUCUUGGAAUGGCCAUGAAUAAUUCCAUUUUGACAUUUAUGGUUCUUCUAGUUGGCUUUUUUGUUUUCUGUAAAGGCCAGGAAGACACUUCAAUAGGUCCCAUGGAGAAAAAUGAGCAAGAAGCCCUCUAUGCUGCUAUUCAAGGGUUUGUGGGGAAGUCUUGGAAUGGCUCAGAUCUCUAUCCAGACCCUUGUGGGUGGACGCCAAUACAGGGAGUGUCUUGUGAUCUUUAUAAUGGAUUUUGGUAUGUCAGUGCACUGAACAUUGGACCAGUUUAUGACAACUCUCUCCAAUGUACUAGAAGUGCAGAAUUCACUCAUCACUUAUUCAUGCUCAAGCACCUCAGAAAACUCUCAUUCUUCAAUUGCUUCUUUUCACCACACCAAAAACCAGUAAGAAUCCCCACUUCAAACUGGGAAAACUUCACAGAAAGCUUAGAAUCCUUAGAGUUUCGAUCAAACCCAGGUCUCAUUGGAACAAUUCCAACCAGUUUUGGUUACCUUAAAAACCUCGAAUCUCUAGUGCUACUAGAAAAUGGAUUGACAGGUGAAUUACCACAGGAAAUGGGCAGUUUAGUGAAAUUGAGAAGACUAGUCCUUGGUGAAAACCAGUUAUUUGGUCAGAUUCCAGCAAGUUUUGGAGGCUUGAAGGAGCUCUUAAUACUUGACUUAAGCAUGAAUAAGCUAUCCGGAUCAUUGCCUUGGACUUUGGGAAAUUUGACUUCACUCCUAAAGCUGGACUUAAGCAACAAUAUGUUGGAGAAAGAGCUGCCAAGUGCAAUUGGAAACCUAAAGAAUCUCACACUAAUGGACCUUGGGAGAAACAACUUUUCUGGUGGUUUAGUUCAGUCACUUCAAGAAAUGGUUUCCUUAAAAGAGAUGGUGAUGUCCAACAACCCCUUGCUAGGGGGUAAUCUCAAUGGAAUCCAGUGGCAAAAUCUACAAAACUUGGAAUUUUUAGAUCUUUCUAACAUGGGUUUGACAGGGAACAUUCCAGAGUCCAUGACAGAAUUGAAAAGGCUGAGAUUUUUGGGGCUUAACAACAACAAUCUCUCGGGAAGUCUGUCUCCAAGGCUGGCAUCUCUGCCUUGUAUUAGUGCUCUUUACCUUUAUGGAAACGAUUUGGCAGGGAAACUUGAAUUCUCGGAAGGGUUUUAUAGGAAAAUGGGAAAGCGCUUUGGAGCUUGGAACAAUCCGAAUAUAUGUUACCAGACUGAAUUAAUGUUGUCAACAAGCAACGUACCUUAUGGAUUCGAAGUUGGCGGCGAUGGUGGCUGGGUUCUUCCCAAGUCUAGGAACCAUGAGAUGUACAAUCAGUGGGCUUCUCAAAACAGGUUCAAGGUCGAUGACACUGUUCAUUUCAAGUACAAGAAAGACUCAGUUUUGGUGGUGACUGCGGAAGAGUACGAUAAAUGUCACUCGGCUCAUCCUGUAUUCUUCUCCAAUAACGGUGCCACUGUCUUCAAAUUGGAUAAACCUGGCUUGUUCUAUUUCAUCAGUGGCGUUGCUGGACACUGCGAGAGGGGACAGAAGAUGAUCAUCAAAGUUUUGGAGCCGGAAACCGCACCGCCUCUGUCCUCCAAAAGGAACACCACAACAGAAUCAUCACAUAAGAGUGGUGCAGUGGAGAUGGCUGCCAUUUCUUCUCCAAUCAGUGUGCUGUUGUUUAUGGUGUCAUUCUUUGGGGUCCUUUUCAUUUGAAUGCAAUGCUAUUUCUUAGUAUUCCUUUCUUCUUCUUUUUCAUCGUUUUGAUUUAGUGAUUACAGAAGGAACGUUAGAUGAGACUGAAUUUGUUUUUCAUUAUGUGAUUGCUUUUAUUCUGAAAGUCUGAUUAUUUUCGGUAGAGGAUUUUAUUUGGCAUAUUAUCCAUAAUUAUAUUACUCUGGUGAUGCUUUUUUUA